AUGGAUAUCCGCCUCCUCAAGUCCUCUGACCUCCCCCUCAUACAACACGCCAACCUCGAGAACCUGCCCGAGAACUACUUCCUCAAGUACUACCUCUACCACGCCCUCUCGUGGCCCCAGCUCAGCUAUGUCGCCGUCGACGUCUCCCGCCCCAAGCGCACCCCCUACGACUACCCCAAGAUCGUCGGCUACGUCCUGGCCAAGAUGGAGGAGGAGCCCACCGACGGCAUCGCCCACGGCCACAUCACCUCCCUGAGUGUCAUGCGCACCCACCGCCGCCUGGGUAUCGCCGAGAAGCUGAUGCGUCAAAGUCAACUCGCCAUGGUCGAGACCUUCGGCGCCCAAUACGUCUCCCUCCACGUCCGCGUCUCCAACAACGCCGCCAUCCACCUCUACCGCGACACCCUCGGCUUCAAGAACGAAAAGGUCGAGAACAAGUACUACGCCGACGGCGAGGACGCCUACUGCAUGAAGCUCGACCUGAGCUACAUCCGCGAGCAGAUCCAGGACGAGCGCGACCGCGAACGCGAGGCCGACGGCGAGGCGGGCGCCGCCGCCUCCGAGGCUGCCGCCGACGAGGGCGAGGCUGUCGGCGACGUCGGCCGCGACCCCAACGCCGACAAGGACAAGAAGCGCAAGGUCAAGGUCGGCCGCGGGCUCGGCGUCGGCGAGCUCGUCGAGAAGAACGAGAGCAGCAAGAACUAG